AACGUCAAUCAAAACUUUAGCCCAAUCGCCUUUCAGCGUGGCGUAAAUCCGGAAAUACUUGACUUUGCCGGAAAUCGAAGAAGUGUGCUGGAUUUUAGAAGGAAUGAGGAGCAAAGCUAACUACACGAAGAGGACUUAAGGACAGUUUAAAGGAGUAGGAAGGAAACGAACCAAGCAUGCUGGUAAUGAAGACCGCUGUGUCCUUCCUGAUUGCUGCCUAUGUGUCCACACCAGUCCUGCUCUACGCGCUCCCUUGGACUUUGGGAUACGCCAUAUUUGCUCACUUGUUGAGAAUUCCGUUGUUUGUGGAUCUGGGCCGGCCUGAAAACAUACUGAACCACACCAGCAACUUCUACCUCCACACCGAGGAGGGCAUCACGGCAUACGCUCCCUGCCAGCCAAUGGGGCGAGGCCGCAGGGAAAAGCCCCGAAUGGUACCGAGAAGCUCUUGGAGACGGAAGCCCUGUUAUUGUCUAUCUCCAUGGCAACGUGGGAAACAGAUUUUAAGCCGAGGCGGUUUCCAUGUCCUGUCUUUGGACUACAGAGGCUUUGGCGACUCCACUGGGGUGCCCACAGAAAGCGGUUUGACCACAGACGCCCUCUACCUGUACAAGUGGGUGAAGCGGCACAGCAGGAGGUCUCUGGUGUACUUGUGGGGACACUCUCUGGGAUCAGGGGUUGCCAGCAACACGGCAGUCAAGCUGCAAGAAGAAGGGUCCACUCUGGAUGCCUUGAUCCUGGAGGCUGCUUUCACAAAAAUAGGAGAGGUUGUCACCGUCUUUCCGCUGUCCAAGCUCUACAUGUUCCUUCCGGGCUUUGAAGACUUUCUGUGGGACACUUUGGAAACAAACAACCUGCUGUUUGCUAACGACGAGAAUGUGAAGGCUCUGACGUGUCCACUGCUCAUACUGCAUGCAGAGGACGACGACGUGGUUCCGUACCACAUGGGUCAGAAGCUGUACCAGAUUGCUGCGCGAGUGCGGAAGGAACGCCACAGCAACGUCAAGCUGGAAAUGAUCUCCUACGAAGCAAGUCAUGGAUACUCCCACUGUGACAUCCACUUAGACCCCAACCUGUCCAAGUCAGUGCGGGAAUUUCUGAACCUCCGAGGGUAGAGUGACUAACAGCACACCCCCCUCGUCAUCAUCAUGUAACACACACACACACUGUCGGUGUAACAACCACAUUAGAUGCUGAAUGUCACAUACUGUACACAUUGCAGUAAAACAUGAGUGUUACUGUACCGUACUUCUGACCUGUGUUACAGUAACACAUAACAUACAUGUCAUUGAUAUAGGUUUAGUUGUAUAUGCGACAUGCACGUGACGUACUGUCUGUUACUGUAACGUUCAUAUCACAUUUGUUACUGCGCAUUGCGUGUGACAUUCUGUAUGUAGCAGGCAACGCACUUUUACUGGAACAGAGUGUUACAGUAGCAUACAAAAUGAUGUAUCUCUGUAACGUAUGACAGUGUAAAAUGCAUGACAAAAUGACUGUAAGUAGGACACUGUAAUGUAACAAGUGUGGUGUAUGUGUCCGUAACAAUGUUACAGUGACAUGCCGUGUUGGUGUACUGUCACAUACACAGCAUAUACUGUUACUGUGACAUGCUUGGCAUAUACUGUAAUAUACGUGUUACUGUAAAAUGUAUGCCAUAUAAUGUUACAUUAAUUUACAUGUGUUACUGUAACAUUUAAUAUGUUGUUAUUGUAACACAAAUGGCAUUUCCUGUUACAGUAACGGGACAUGUGUUACUGUAAAAAAGCAUAUACUGUUGCAGUUACAUGUGAUGUGUUACUGUAACAUGUAUGCCAUAUACUGUUACGGUAACAACUAAUAUGUUAUUGUAACACAAAUGGUAUUUCCUGUUACAGUAAUGCGACAUGUGUUACUGUAACAUGUAUGCCAUAUACUGUUACAGUAACAUCUAAUAUGCUGUGUUAUUGUGACAUGAAUCGCAUUUUCUGUUAUAGUAACGUGACAUGUGUUACUGUAAAAUAGCAUAUACUGUUGCAGUUACAUGUGAUGUGUUACUGUAACAUGUAUGCCAUACACUGUUACGGUAACAACUAAUAUGGUAUUGUAACAUGACAUGUUAAUGUAACAUCUAAUAUGUUGUUAUUGUAACACAAAUGGUAUUUCCUGUUACAGUAAUGCGACAUGUGUUACUGUAACAUGUAUGCCAUAUACUGUUACAGUAACAUCUAAUAUGCUGUGUUAUUGUGACAUGAAUCACAUUUUCUGUUAUAGUAACGUGACAUGUGUUACUGUAAAAUAGCAUAUACUGUUGCAGUUACAUGUGAUGUGUUACUGUAACAUGUAUGCCAUAUACUGUUACUGUAACAUCUAAUGUGUUAGUGUAACACGAAUGGCAUUUCCUGUUGCAGUAACACAUCUCACGUUACUGUAACAUGUAUGCCAUAUACUGUUACUGUAACAUCUGUGUUAUUGUAACAUGACAUGUUAAUGUAACAUCUAAUAUGUUAUUGUAACAAAUGGUAUUUCCUGUUACAGUAAUGCGACAUGUGUUACUGUAACAUGUAUGCCAUAUACUGUUACAGUAACAUCUAAUAUGCUGUGUUAUUGUGACAUGAAUCACAUUUUCUGUUAUAGUAACGUGACAUGUGUUACUGUAAAAUAGCAUAUACUGUUGCAGUUACAUGUGAUGUGUUACUGUAACAUGUAUGCCAUAUACUGUUACUGUAACAUCUAAUGUGUUAGUGUAACACGAAUGGCAUUUCCUGUUGCAGUAACACAUCUCACGUUACUGUAACAUGUAUGCCAUAUACUGUUACUGUAUCAUCUCUGUUAUUGUAACAUGACAUGUUAAUGUAACAAAUGGUAUUUCCUGUUACAGUAAUGCGACAUGUGUUACUGUAACAUGUAUGCCAUAUACUGUUACAGUAACAUCUAAUAUGCUGUGUUAUUGUGACAUGAAUCGCAUUUUCUGUUAUAGUAACGUGACAUGUGUUACUGUAAAAUAGCAUAUACUGUUGCAGUUACAUGUGAUGUGUUACUGUAACAUGUAUGCCAUACACUGUUACGGUAACAACUAAUAUGGUAUUGUAACAUGACAUGUUAAUGUAACAUCUAAUAUGUUGUUAUUGUAACACAAAUGGUAUUUCCUGUUACAGUAAUGCGACAUGUGUUACUGUAACAUGUAUGCCAUAUACUGUUACAGUAACAUCUAAUAUGCUGUGUUAUUGUGACAUGAAUCGCAUUUUCUGUUAUAGUAACGUGACAUGUGUUACUGUAAAAUAGCAUGUACUGUUGCAGUUACAUGUGAUGUGUUACUGUAACAUGUAUGCCAUAUACUGUUACUGUAACAUCUCAUGUGUUAGUGUAACACGAAUGGCAUUUCCUGUUGCAGUAACCCGUCUCACGUUACUGUAACAUGUAUGCCAUAUACUGUUACUGUAACAUCUAAUGUGUUAUUGAAACAUGAAUGGCAUUUCCUGUUGCAGUAACACGUCUCACGUUACUGUAACAUGUAUACUAUAUACUGUUGCAGUUACAUGUGAUGUGUUACUGUAACGUGUAUGCCAUAUACUGUUACUGUAUGUUAAUGUAACAUCUAAUAUGUUAUUGUAACACAAAUGGUAUUUCCUGUUACAGUAAUGCGACAUGUGUUACUGUAACAUGUAUGCCAUAUGCUGUUACAGUAACAUCUAAUAUGCUGCGUUAUUGUGACAUGAAUUGCAUUUUCUGUUAUAGUAACGUGACAUGUGUUACUGUAAAAUAGCAUAUACUGUUGCAGUUACAUGUGAUGUGUUACUGUAACAUGUAUGCCAUAUACUGUUACUGUAACAUCUAAUGUGUUAUUGUAACAUGAAUUGCAUUUCCGGUUGCAGUAACACGUCUCACGUUACUGUAACAUGUAUACUAUAUACUGUUGCAGUUACAUGUGAUGUGUUUCUGUAACAUGAAUGCCAUAUACUGUUAUGGUAACAUCUGAUAUUUUAUUGUAACGUGACAUGUGUUACUGUAACAUGUAUAGUAUAUACUGUUACAGUAACACAUUGCAACAAAUGGCAUAUACUGUUGCAUUAAUAAUGUGUUACUGGAACAUGUAUGCCAUAUACUGUUACAGUAACAUCCAAUAUGUUGCGUUAUUGUAACAUGAAUGGCAUUUCCUGUUACAGUAAUGUGCCAUGUGUUACUGUAACGAAUAGCAUAUACUGUUGCGGUUACAUGUGAUGUGUGACUGUAACAUGUAUGCCAUAUACUGUUACAAUAACAUCUAAUGUGUUAUUGUAACAUGAAUGGCAUUUCCUGUUACAAUAACAUCUAAUGUGUUAUUGUAACAUGAAUGGCAUUUCCUGUUACAGUAAUGUGCCAUUUGUUACUGGAACAAAUAGCAUAUACUGUUGGUUACAUGUGAUGUGUUACUGUAACAUGUAUGCCAUAUACUGUUACAGUAACAUCUAAUGUGUUAAUGUAACAUGAAUGGCAUUUCCUGUUGCAGUAACAUGUGUCACGUUACUGUAACAUGUAUACUAUAUAGUACUAUCUAUCUAUCUACUGUUGCAGUUACAUGUGAUGUGUUACUGUAACAUGUAUGCCAUAUACUGUUAUGGUAACAUCUGAUAUUUUAUUGUAACAUGGUAACAUGGCAUUUCCUGAUACAGUAACGUGACAUGUGUUACUGUAACAUGUAUAGUAUAUACUGUUACAGUAACACAUUAUAACAAAUGGCAUAUACUGUUGCAUUAAUAAUGUGUUACUGGAACAUGUAUGCCAUAUACUGUUACAGUAACAUCCAAUAUGUUGUGUUAGUGUAACAUGAAUGGCAUUUUCUGUUACAAUAACAUCUAAUGUGUUAUUGUAACAUGAAUGGCAUUUCCUGUUACAGUAAUGUGCCAUGUGUUACUGUAACGAAUAGCAUAUACUGUUGCGGUUACAUGUGAUGUGUGACUGUAACAUGUAUGAUAUAUACUGUUACAAUAACAUCUAAUGUGUUAUUGUAACAUGAAUGGCAUUUCCUGUUACAGUAAUGUGCCAUUUGUUACUGGAACAAAUAGCAUAUACUGUUGGUUACAUGUGAUGUGUUACUGUUACAUGUAUGCCAUAUACUGUUACAGUAACAUCUAAUGUGUUAUUGUAACAUCAAUGGCAUUUCCUGUUCCAGUAACCGUACGUGACAUGUUAAAUAGCAUAUAGUGUUGCAGUUACAUGUGAUGUGUUACUGUAACAGUAACAUAUUAUGCACUGUAGUUGAAACAUGAACCAAAAGCAUGAGUGUGGUGAGGAUGCACUGCAACUUUAAUGUCAACACUGUUAGGCAAGACCGAAGUCAGGAUUGUGUCAAAGAGGCCAGAUUGUGCAAGGAAAGCUCUCAGGUGUGAGUGAAUAGUUUCUAGAGGCCACAGUGAAAAUGUGUAACAGACUAAAGUGUUGUAGAUGGCAAAUAAAGCAUGUGAAAGUGAGGCGUGUUACUUCCUGGGUGGUCACUUCUUCAGAGCUCUGGCAGUUUCCACGAUGGCCUCUCUGGGCUCGUUGGGUGGGGGGAUCUUGAGGUCAGUGGGCUCCACCCCCCAGACCUCGGUGGCGUACUCGGCGAUGGUUCUGUCGCUGGAGAACUUUCCUGUCGCCGCAAUGUUCCUCACCACCAUUUUGGUCCACUCUUUUGGUUUCUGGAGGAGGACAUGAAGCGUGAGGCCACUGAGUGUGGUGUGGAACGUCACCAGGCACUGAGUGUGGUGUGGAACGUCACCAGGCACUGAGUGUGGUGUGGAACGUCACCAGGCACUGAGUGUGGUGUGGAACGUCAUCAGGCACCGAGUGUGGUGUGGAACAUCAUCAGGCACCGAGUGUGGUGUGGAACAUCAUCAGGCACCGAGUGUGGUGUGGAACGUCACCAGGCACUGAGUGUGGUGUGGAACGACAUCAGGCACUGAGUGUGGUGUGGAACGUCACCAGGCACUGAGUGGUGUGGAAUGUCACCAGGCACUGAGUGUGGUGCGGAACGUCACCAGGCACUUAGUGUGGUGUGGAACGUCACCAGGCACUGAGUGUGGUGUGGAACGUCACCAGGCACUGAGUGUGGUGUGGAACGUGUGAACGUCACCAGGCACUUGGUGUGGUGUGGAACGUCACCAGGCACUGAGUGUGGUGUGGAACGUCACCAGGCACUGAGUGUGGUGUGGAACGUCACCAGGCACUGAGUGUGGCGUGGAAUGUCACCAGGCACUGAGGAACGUCACCAGGCACUGAGUGUGGUGUGGAACGUCAUCAGGCACUGAGUGUGGUGUGGAACGUCAUCAGGCACUGAGUGUGGUGUGGAACGUCAUCAGGCACUGAGUGUGGUGUGGAACGUCAUCAGGCACUGAGUGGAACGUCACCAGGCACUGAGUGUGGUGUGGAACGUCAUCAGGCCCUGAGUGUGGUGUGGAACGUCACCAGGCACUGAGUGUGGUGUGGAAGGUCACCAGGCACUGAGUGGUGUGGAAGGUCACCAGGCACUGAGUGUGGUGUGGAAGGUCACCAGGCACUGAGUGGUGUGGAAGGUCACCAGGCACUGAGUGUGGUGUGGAAGGUCACCAGGCACUGAGUGUGGUGUGGAAGGUCACCAGGCACUGAGUGUGGUGUGGAAGGUCACCAGGCACUGAGUGUGGUGUGGAAGGUCACCAGGCACUGAGUGUGGUGUGGAACGUCAUCAGGCACUGAGUGUGGUGUGGAACGUCAUCAGGCCCUGAGUGUGGUGUGGAACGUCAUCAGGCCCUGAGUGUGGUGUGGAAGGUCACCAGGCACUGAGUGUGGUGUGGAACGUCACCAGGCACUGAGUGUGGUGUGGAACGUCACCAGGCACUGAGUGUGGUGUGGAAGGUCACCAGGCACUGAGUGUGGUGUGGAAGGUCACCAGGCACUGAGUGUGGUGUGGAACAUCACCAGGCACACGUUACCUGGUAGAGUUUGCUGACUUUCUCCUGGCACUUCAAGUACGCCUCGAAGUCUGCAAACACUUUGAACCUGCACACCAACACCAGGAAAUGCAUCAACACACAAAACAGGAUUUUACUUCCUGGAGUUUUGUUGUUUUUUUUGCCCCACCGGUCAUGUUUGAAGAGCAUCUCCGUCAAGUCUUUGAAGAGAUCUGGGUUUUUGGGGCUGAAGAAUCCGCUCGUGAUCUGGUCCAUUGCUUGUUUCAGCUCAGGGAUCUUCUCGUAGUAAGACAUGGCGUCAUACCUAAACAAAGAAAAACAAAUACUUUGAUUGAUUGAUUGAGACUUGUAUUAGUAGAUUGCACAGUACAGUACAUAUUCCGUACAAUUGACCACUAAAUGGUAACACCCCAAUAAGUUAUUCAACUUGUUUAAGUCGAGGUCCACGUUAACAAUUCAUGGUAAGAGAAUGUGGCAUUAAUUGGAGAGAGGCUAUUAUUUACUGAAUGUAAAAGGUUAUUGCAGGCGUUCUGUGGCCCAAUUUCAAUCUUUUAUAUUACAAGUAAGGCUGGGCGAUACAUGGAAUAUACUCGAUAUAUCGCAGGUUUGUCUCUGUGCGAUAUAGAAAAUGACUAUAUCGUGAUAUUCCAGUAUACGUUCUCACGCAGUUGCUUUUAGCUGCGGGCAUUACACUACAGGCUCUUCUCACUCUUGUCUCUCCUUCUCAGAGACAUAAAACAAGCACACCUUCUUACUAGGGAUGUCAAUAAAUGCUUUAAAAUGUAAUAUCGGAAAUGAUCGGUCUCGUUUUUUUUCUUAUCGGUAUCAUUUUUUUUUUUUUUUUUUUAAAUUAAAUCAACAUAAAAAAACACAAGAUACACUUACAAUUAGUGCACCAACCCAAAAAACCUCCCUCCCCCAUUUACACAAAAGGGUUGUUUCUUUCUGUUAUUAAUAUUCUGGUUCCUACAUUAUAUAUCAAUAUAUAUCAAUACAGUCUGCAAGGGAUACAGUCCGUAAGCA